CUCUGUGCUGUUACUGAAUCUUGGAACCAUAAGCACAUUGAGAGUUCUGUGUUCUGAUGAAGGUGAUGAUACCGAGUCUUGAUAAGAUCCAGCAAGCAAUCAUUCACCUGGUGCAUCUGGUGCUGGAGGUGAGCCGCGGCGUGGCAUGCUGGAAACAGGAUUGCCGCUCAGACGACGUUGGAAAGUCUGGAUCUGGGCGGCUGAGGAACUUCUUCCAGAGUGUUUCUGAAAACAAGAAUGUGUGCAAGCCUGUAGGACUUCUAAUGUCAGGGGUGAACCUCCUGGGUAAACAGCCCGGAGAUGUGCUCAGUCAGUUCAGAGCCUUCAAAGUAAUCUGGGAUCAGGACCGAGACGACCAAGUCAAGGAAUUCAUCAGUAGCAACCCCGACCUAUACCUGAUAAAGGAGCAAAUUUUACACUAUGAAACGGUUGAACAGGAGAUCGCGGACAUCACGCCCAUCGUCGUUUUAGGUGGAAUGGAAUUGUCAACAGCUCCACUGAAGAUGUCCCUGAGUGUGGAAGCGAAAGCCUGGAAACUGAUGCUGUGCAAGUACGUACAAAAGGAAUACAAGAAGAAGCUGAUGGACAUGAUCGCUUUCAUUAGUGAGCAGCAAAAAAAACUCUCACGCCCUAUAGCUGACCUGGACGACGUGAGAUUCGCUAUGGAAGCCCUGUCCAAUAUCCGGGACUCAGAAAUUAUAAUGGACAUGACCAUGGGGCCCAUCGAGGAAGCCUAUUCUAUACUAAACAAGUUUGAAGUGGAAGUGACGAAGGAGGAGGCCGAGGGUGUGGAUACACUAAGAUACUCUUUUGCUAAACUGCAGUCCAAAGAGAGAGCAGUCCAGCAUGAACUGGUCAGUGCGCAGCCCAAGUUGAAAGAGAAUCUCCUGGAAUCAGUCGGCACGUUUCAGAAUGACUUGAUGACUUUCGGCCAGAAGUAUGAAACGGUGAGCAAUCAACUCAUUCCUGAGGGCCACACUGACACUUUUGUUUCAGACCCGAGUCCAUCUAAUUGUAAGGGUGCAGGGAUUUAAGUGAGUUCGGGAAUAGAAUAAUGCAAUUGACUAAAUAAAUCAUCUUAUUUUUUGUUUGAAGUAAACAGCAGACAAUGAGACACUGACUAGCAGAUAAACUGAAACACUUUCUUUAAGCAUGAUGUGCAAAUAA